AUGUGCAAGACCCUAACGAUAGGAGACUCAGACCCAUAUACGGGGCAUCGAUUGGGCCCCUCCAGCUCCAUCCGCGGACUCUGCUGGCUGCAGACCCCGAUGACAGUGCACCUUACCCGGCCACACGCCGAGCCCGGGGUGGGGGCCGAGUUGGUGACCAAACUGUACGAGGCGGCGGUGAAGAAGGUUCCCCUGAGCGAGGAGUACCACUCCCACCUGUUCAUGGCCUACGCCCGCGUGGGGGAGUACAAGAAGAUGCAGCAGGCCGGGAUGGCUCUCUACAAAAUAGUCCCCAAGAACCCCUACUACUUCUGGUCCGUCAUGAGCCUGGUGAUGCAGGCGAUCUCAGCCCAGGAUGAAAAGCUGUCCCAGACCAUGUUCCUUCCCCUGGCCGAGCGCAUGGUGGAGAAAAUGGUCAAAGAGGAGAAGAUCGAAGCGGAGGCUGAGGCCGGGAUGGCUCUCUACAAAAUAGUUCCCAAGAACCCCUACUACUUCUGGUCCGUCAUGAGCCUGGUGAUGCAGGCGAUCUCGGCCCAGGAUGAAAAGCUGUCCCAGACCAUGUUCCUUCCCCUGGCCGAGCGCAUGGUGGAGAAAAUGGUCAAAGAGGAGAAGAUCGAAGCGGAGGCUGAGGUUCAGCUGUACUUCAUGAUCCUGGAGCGUUUGGGGAAGUGUGAGGAGGCUCUGGAGGUCAUCAGGGGGCCGCUGGGGGAGAAGCUGACCAGUGAGCUGCAGAGCAGGGAGAGCAAGUGCAUGCUGCUGUACCGCCGCCUGCAGCGCUGGCCCGAGUGCAACGCUCUGGCCCACAAGCUGCUGCUCAACAACCCUGACGACUGGCAGUUCUACCCGUGCUACUUCGACUCCCUCUUCCACCUGAACGACCAGGCCUGGAGUCCCCCGGAGGAAGGAGAACACUGCUCGGAGGGCCCGGUGCACCACACGGUGGCGGAGGUGGUGAGGUUUGUGGAGGAGCGGAUAAAGGAGCAGGAGGGGAAGGAGGCGCGCUCCCUCCGGGGGCCGUUCCUCGCCCGGCUGGAGCUGAUCCACAGACUGAGGGAGAGAGGCUGUCCGGAGGAGAGCCAGCUGGGCCAGCCUCUGGAGCUGAUGGUGGAGUUCUUUGGGAAGUUCGGGGACAAACCGUGUUGCAUCACCGACCUGAAGAUCUACCUUCACCUGCUCCCCGCCGACCAGCACGUUCAGUUCAUCAACCGUCUGAGCGAGGCCGUGCCCCUUUCGGAGGCGGGGGAGGAGGGCUUCUGUUUCCCGGAGGACACCCGCGGGCUGCAGAGGCACCUGUGCGUGUGCCAGCUGGGCCGGGCCCUCGGCCUGCAGCACGCGCUGGACGUCGCCGGGAAGCUGCGGCUCAUCGCCGAGCUCAAGGCCCACUACCGGCACGGGCUCAGGUUUGGGAAGAACGCCCUGAAGACGGAGCUACAGUUCUCGGACAUGUACUGCCUCAUGGCUGCUCAUGUCUUCAUCGACCUGUGGGCCGACACGGGUUCGUUCCUCUGCCUUUAUCCGUGUUUCAUUAACCGUCUGAGCGAGGCCGUGCCCCUUUCGGAGGCGGGGGAGGAGGGCUUCUGCUUCCCGGAGGACACCCGCGGGCUGCAGAGGCACCUGUGCGUGUGCCAGCUGGGCCGGGCCCUCGGCCUGCAGCACGCGCUGGACGUCGCCGGGAAGCUGCGGCUCAUCACCGAGCUCAAGGCCCACUACCGGCACGGGCUCAGGUUUGGGAAGAACGCCCUGAAGACGGAGCUCCAGUUCUCGGACAUGUACUGCCUCAUGGCUGCUCACGUCUUCAUCGAUUUGUGGGCCGACACGGGGGACGAGGACAUGGCCUGGCAGUGUCUGGGCGUCCUGCAGGAGGGCCUGUCCCACAGCCCCUCCAACGCCCAGUUCAAGCUGCUGCUGCUGCUGCUGUACUGCCGCCUGGGCGCCUUUGAGCCCGUCGUGGAUCUCUACUCCAGUCUGGACGCCAAACAUGUGCAGCACGACACCAUCGGGUUCCUGUUGACGCGCUACGCAGAGUCUCUGGGUCAGUUUGCCGCCGCCUCCCAGUCGUGUAACUUCUCCCUCAGGUUUUUCCACUCCAACCAGAAAGAUACCUCAGAGUACAUCAUCCAGGCCUACAAGUACGGGGCGUUUGAGAAGAUCCCGGAGUUCAUCGCCCUCAGGAACCGUUUGAACCAGUCGCUGCAUUUUGCCCAGGUCCGCACGGAGAGGAUGCUCCUGGACCUGCUGCUGGAGGCCGAUAUGUUCCUGUUGACGCGCUAUGCAGAGUCUCUGGGUCAGUUUGCCGCCGCCUCCCAGUCGUGUAACUUCUCCCUCAGGUUUUUCCACUCCAACCAGAAAGAUACCUCAGAGUACAUCAUCCAGGCCUACAAGUACGGGGCGUUUGAGAAGAUCCCGGAGUUCAUCGCCCUCAGGAACCGUUUGAACCAGUCGCUGCACUUCGCCCAGGUCCGCACGGAGAGGAUGCUGCUGGACCUGCUGCUGGAGGCCGAUAUCGUGCUGAGUCUGGAGGAGAGCCUGAAGGCCAUGGCCCUGUCGCCCGAUGAGGACGAUGUUCCCUGGGACACUCUGAGGGACAACCGGGACCUCACCGUCUUCACCAACUGGGACCCCAAAGACAGGCAGCUAACGGAGGAGCACCGGCGGCUGUCUGUGGAGGAGGAGUCGUUGUGGCUGCGGAUCCGUUCGCUGACGCUUCGCCUGCUGGCGUUUCCCGGAAACGCGCCGCACGACUCGGACACGACCAACCAGAACCAGAACGGCGUGGGCGAGGCGGGGAGGAGCCGGCUGCUAAUCCAGCUGCAGCAGACGCUGCAGGCGGGGGGGCAGCUGGCAGAGAGACGCACGCAGUUCCCCUUCCUGGGCCCCCCCUCCACCCGAUUGGCCGCAGCAUUGGCCAGCGGCAGCUGCCAGUGCCAGGCGGCCGCCCUGCAGCUGUCGGUGCACCUGCAGGAGCUGGAGGCGGCCGGGCUCGACGAGUCGUCGGAGCUUCAAACUCAGAUCUGUAACGCGUUCAAAUCUUUAGUAGUUCAGCUUCAAGAAAUCCUGAAUAAAUGCCGAGGAGAUUUAUUGGAAAUGAACGGCAGCAAAUUCAAAACGCAUCCCUCCUUAUUAGAAAGCCUCGUCUUCUUUGUGGGGACGGUGAGCAUAGUGCUGUGGAUGGCUAGUUCCUGUGCCAAGAUCCUCCGGCCGCUCAAAACCAGUUUACAGAAGAAGAAGAAGAAGAAAAAGGACGCAAACGCAGUGAUGCCGCUGGUGGUGUGUGGCUUCCAGGAGCUGACCGGGGGCCUGCAGGACCUCCUGGCCCAGGCGCUGGAGCACAUAAAGGGCCAGGAGGCCGCCAUCACGGCCCUCAAACUAGCCGCUUUAUCCCUGGAAGGACACACGCAGGAGGAGGCGUCGUUUACGAGAGCGGCCGUGGACAAAGUCCAGAGCAGCUACCUGCGCUCGCUGCAGGAGGUGGGAGACCUGCUCAAGAAGAGGGCGGAAACCAUAAAGAACCUCAAGCUCUGAGCACCCCCCCCCCCCCCCCCCCAC